ACAGCUCUGAGAAGAUAAACAUAAGUGAACAUAACCUCAACUCUCGCUUAUCAAUGAAGUGCCCUAAAAUGCGUGUUUGACGAUUUUCCAUAUCAAUUGAUCAUAAAAUGACCGGAAUAAUCUUAAACAAACCAUGUGGUCGACGGCUUUCAUCCGCUUCAUAAGACGGCGCAUUAUUUUAGGCUUAAUUCUCACGAUUUCAUUACUGUAUUGCAUCUUAAGCUAUGUGAGCAAGAGCGAUUUCCUGGACAGUGAUGAAGUUGUUCCAAUUCGGCGAACGCAGCCCUUCAUCUGGCGCACCCUUCAACAACACAAUUCGACCAAUGAUGCUGAAACUUGCCGCAAUUCUGUACAGGGAAAAGUGUUGAUAGUCGAUGACAGGGGUUUCGUGUGUCCUCGACACGAGAUUUUACCUUCGGGGUGUUGCAAUGAUACACCGCAAACCAGUCCACAAUACUCCUGUGAGACGUGCAAAAUUAACAAUUGUUGUGCUAUAUACGAAUUUUGCAUAUCUUGUUGCUUGCACCCUGAUAAGAAAGAUAUGUUGGAGAAUGUUUUGGGUAAAGCCACUGAGCAGAAUAAUGUGUUGUUUGCUUCAGUUACUGAUCAUUUUGAGCUGUGCUUAGCUAAGUGUCGGACAAACUCGCAAAGUGUGCAACAUGAGAAUUCUUAUAAGGAUCCUAAAGCGAAACAUUGUUAUGGGGAGCUGGCGCCUGGAACACAUAGCAUUGAAAAUGAAGUGUAGUAUGUUUCAAAGUUUACUAAAACACUAAUUUUUGCUUCAUAUUAUUUGUGAUAAUUAUUAGUAUAAUAAAAAUUUUAUUUCGAUUAUAAA